GCGGAAAAUGCUAGUGUGUAAAUAAACAAUCUAUUCUUAAGUUAGAAAUAAUAUAAAAUCGGAAAUAUCGUGAUAACAAUGUAUAAAAAUUAAAUUACGGGGAGCAUUAUUUAUUUUUAUUAUCUAAUAUUUAUUCAUUUAUUUUUAAAUGAUUGUCUAUGUCCGGUUAUUUGUUUGAACCUAAUUAAAAAAUCAUGCCCCGGGCACAUCCUGUAAAGCAUCAUCAUUGUUGUUAUUUAAGUAUUAUACUAUUUACGUGUUUUAUAAAUGUUUAUUCAGGAGAUGUAUGACCUUUAAAGUUGUGCGGGCACCGGCGCCAGUUUCCGUCUGUAACCAUGGCAACGUCUUCCGCAGCUUUUCCGCAAUGAUAAUCUUCGCGAAAAACGGGAGCCUGCAAAAAUAAAAGUUCUAGUUAUCUAGGUGAAAAACAAAAUCGAAAUGUCGAAUUGUUGUGGCGCGGGAAAAUCAGAUAAAGAAACGGAGUUUAUAACUGUCGAAUAUACGGAAAAAAACACGGGUGAGAGUUCCAGUAAUCAGGUGACGGAAGUAGAUAAUAUAACUAUUCAAAGAACAAUCAAUGUAGGAAAUAAUAGUGAAAAUAAGAACAAAAUUGCUAUAGUGAGAAAAGAAUUAGGCACGUGGGAAUUACAUUGUGAUAUAGAAAACCCUCACAAAGAUGACUUCGUUGGAUUAUGCUGGACAGAAGCUAAACUGAAAGAAGGGAUUUUCGUUGGGCCUGAUAUUCGUAAAUUGAUGCUCGAUACCAACUUCGAAGCAACGAUGAGUACAAAGGAAAAAGAGGCUUGGAUAUCAUUUAGAGAAGUUGUGAAGAAGUUUUUGGGCAAU